GCUUGCGAUCCCACAAACACGACCAAAUUCGUUUCCAAGGACAGUUAUUCAUUUCCCAUUCCUUUUCUGAGAAUUAGUACACAACCCUUUUUAGUUUUAACUAAUUUACCUCGUUUUUGGGUGCGCCACUCUAAGCUACCCGUAAUCAUGGCGGAGUUACAAUUGAAAGAAACUCCUCUAAAUGAGGUGCAGAUAGACGCCUUGGUGGUUAUGAAAAUAAUCAAAGCUUGCUCUACAGCCUUUCCAAGCACAGCAUUUGGCUCCUUGGUGGGUAUGGAUCAGGACAAGACCCUCCAAGUUACAAACUGCUUCCCUCUUCCGAGCACCGAGAUAUCUUAUUCGGACUCGCACUCCAAUGACCACGCUGCUGCAUCAAACCUAGCUGCUGCUGCUCCACGCUCUAAAUCAAAUACUACGUAUCAAAAUGAAAUGAUUAAAUGCUUGCGUGAAGUCAAUGUUGACGCAAAUAGUGUAGGGUGGUACACAAGUGCAAAUAUGGGGAAUUUCAUUAACUCUAACUUCAUCGAAAAUCAAUAUCAUUAUCAAAAGGAGGUAAAUGAAAGGACAGUUGCUAUAGUUUAUGACGUCGGAAAGAGCUCGCAGGGUGCCCUCUGCCUACAAGCUCUAAGGCUGUCUCCGACAUUCAUGGCAGCAUACAAGGAGGGCAAGUUCACCACAGAAAUAAAUAGUUUACAGAAGUCUAAAUUUUCUUACAAAGAGAUCAUGGUCGAAUUACCUAUCAUCAUUCACAAUUCUCACCUCUUAACCUCAUUCCUUCAUCAACUUCCAACCAUCAUUCCAGCAAAGUCACAGAUUCCUGCAAGUCUCUCCGAAAUAAAUAACAAACAAACACCCAUUCCUCUGUAUCCGAACAUGGAUUCCCUAGACCUUUCUAUCGAUCCAUUCCUCGAAAAAACUUGCGAUCAGCUACUGGAUAGUAUCGAAACACAUCACACUGAACUUAACAAUUUCCAAUACUUUCAGAGACAAUUAGCGCGUGAGCAGACUAAAAUUACUGCAUGGAAAACAAAACGCGCAGCUGAAAAUGUGACUCGAGUCUCCCAAAAACUGCCACCAUUACCUGAGGAUGAAUGGGAUAAAUUAUUUAAAUUACCUGCCGAACCAAGCAGACUUGAUAGUAUGAUUAACGCCCGGCAAGUGGACCAAUAUUCACGACAAGUUGAUGGCUUCACUGCUACUAUCUGCAGCAAGAUGUUUGCUGUCAAAAGUAGUCUCCUUCCAGAGUCAUCGUAA